CAAAACCACCAUCCUUUCGAAUCAGUUUCUUCAUAGCCAUCUCGCGGUUACCCCUUGUGUCUUCCCUCGCAUUCGGACGACAGCAAGAUAACCUUGCGUUCUAAUUGCCUUUAUACAUCCGAUCGAUUCGUUACCGAUAAAAAUAUUGGGAGAAAGAAAGUAACGCGCGAUCAAAAAGGGAAAAAGGUGGCGAAAAAAGAGAAAUAAGAUCGCUACUGACAGAAAGACUCAUCGGAUAAUGGCCUACAGCUGGAACAAUCGAGUAGAUUUCAUUGUAAGAUUUCUUUACGAUCCUUGUGGGACUUCCUCCUUUCAGCAUCAUCACAGGAAAAGUACAUAAAAUAUGUAUCGACCAUUGAUCCCUGUUCGAAGUGAACUUGUACGUACUAACAGGUUUCUAUGUACGGAAUAUAAAACAAGGAGUUUUGUACUUGAGUUCUAAAAAAACGAAACGGAACGAACAAAUAAUUCUGUUGGCUUCGAGACUGUCAUGCAUGUUUAGGAUACACAGAUAACAAUGGCAUAUUGGAGAAACACGAUUUCGAAUGCAUGGCUCUUAAGAUGACUUUGAUCGAGGGAAAAGGAGAAUUCAGUUACGGCCGUUAUCAGGAAAAUCUGCACAUUAUGCUUUCUCUAUGGGAAGAAAUUGCAGAACUCGCCGACUUCAAUAAAGAUGGUAUUGUAACUAUCGAGGAGUUCAAAGAAGCAGUACAAAGAAGUUGCGUCGGACGAAAGUAUCAAGAUUUCCCACAAGCGAUGAAAAUGUUUAUCGACAGUCAUUUUAAAAUAGUAGAUUUAAAUGACGACGGUGUAAUCGCUGCCGAUGAAUUUCGCUAUAAUUGCGUAACAAGGAUUCCUGUAGACAACGUAAAUAUUUUGGACGAAGCGUACCAAAAUCUUCUUAAUGAUGAUGACCGAAGGCGCGGAGGACUAACUUUAUCGCGUUAUCAAGAAUUGUACGCGCAAUUCCUUGGCAACCCGGACGAAAAUUGUCCAGCAGUUCAUCUGUUUGGUCCUCUGCAUGCGAUGGAUUAACUAAAUACAUAUAUUUCGGAAUGAAUGACGAUUCUCACGUUGCACGUACAAAAGACAAUCCUGUUGUAUUUAAUUAUUAUUAUUAAUUUAUGUAAGAUGUAUGAUACACAAUAAAUCCACUAUUUUAUUGUAAAA